CACAGAGCAAAGGCAGAGAAAGGGGAAGAAACAAGAGAGGUCUUUUUACAGCUGAUUCGCCCUGAUCCCUGAGCAGAGCAACUGCUAAGCAGAAAGCAGGAGACCCCGUGGUCUGGGAACAGUAUCGGAUACAAACACCUUUGGAUUUGCUGCUCCAACUCCGGGAGAAACCCAGACGCUGUGCACUGCUGCUUGGAGUGGUCUUAAGAAACCUGUCUUAGCCUCUGUUUGCUGUAGGCCAUGAAUUUCCACUGGGGAGGCCUAUUGCAGAGCUUUCUCAAGAGAACUUGAAGGAAGGAUCAUAGUUUUUUUAAUGGGCCGUCUCAGAAUCGUGCUCAUUUCAGGGUUUGAUGCUGCUAUUUUUCUUUUUUUAAAAUCCUGUGAAAGUGCAGGCAAAUCUAGGGAUUCUGAGUCACUCUUUGGAGCCUGCUUUGCUGAGUCUGGGGGUGGUAGUUAAAUGAAGAGGAGGAGGAGGAGGCAUGAAACAGAUGCGAUUGGUCAAUAUCAGAGGAAACUGACCACAAUCCCCCCACCCCUCCCAGGAGAGGUAUCAUAGAUCCCUGCUCUUUCCUAUCAGUCUCCUCUCAUCAGCGAACUAAGCAGAGCUGCUUUGUGUACACACUGGGGAGACGUGACCUCUGGUCCAGGACAAUUCUGGAGUGACUCUCUGUAUAGGUUCUGUGCGUGGUGGGAUUUCUGGAAGCGAAGCAGUGACCCGCUGCCAGGCACGCAACAAGAGCCCAAUCAUCGUGGAAGAUCCGGAGACGAGAACUUGCUGAUGGCCAAGGAUGGCGGGGCCGUGGGCCUUGCCAAUGGGGGGUCUGGGAGCCCCACCGACACCAUCAAGGAGACCGGCUGCCCAGAGGACGAUGAGGUCUUUGUGUCGGAGCCACCGCUGAGUCCCAACUCCAUGGCUACCUUCCGAGCCAGCAACGUGGAGGACCUGUACGAGCUCUUGGAGAAACUGGGCAGUGGGCACUUCGGGGUGGUGAAGCGCUGCCGGAAGCGGAGCUCAGGGUCCUUCUACGCCGCCAAGUUUGUGAAGACGCGCAAGUGCAAAGGCAGCCGGUGGGGGCUGGACCGCGAGCAGGUGGAGCGGGAGGUCAGCAUCCUGAAGCAGCUGGAGCACCCGAACAUCCUGCACCUGCAUGAUCUCUUCGCCAGCAAAGCUGAGACGGUGCUGAUCCUGGAGUUGAUCCGCGGCGGGGAGCUCUUCGACUUCAUCGCCGAGAAGGAGAUGCUGACGGAGGCGGAGGCCAUCGAGUUCCUGCAGCAGAUCCUGCAGGGCGUCGCCUACAUGCACGGGAAGCACAUCGCCCAUUUCGACCUCAAGCCAGAGAAUAUCAUGCUGCUGGAGAAAGAUGUCCCCAAUCCAAAAAUCAAGAUAAUUGAUUUUGGCCUGGCCCAAAAGCUGGAAGAUGGAGUGACCUUCAAAAGCCUUUGUGGGACUCCGCAGUACAUAGCUCCCGAAGUGAUUAACUACGAGCCUCUCAGCUCGGCGACAGACAUGUGGAGCAUCGGUGUUAUUACCUACAUCUUGCUGAGCGGCAUGUCCCCCUUCCAGGGCGAGACGGACGCCGAGACCCUCUCCAACGUCGUUGCCGGCAUCUACGAGUUUGAGGACAAGUACUUCAACGAGACCACCGAGAUGGCCAAGGACUUCAUCCGGCAGCUGCUGGUGAAGGAGCCGGGGAAUCGCAUGACGGCGGCCGAAUGCCUCAUCCACCCAUGGAUCAAGCCCCUGAGCCGAAAGCAGGCCGCCAACCGCAGCCGCUCCUCCAUCAACAUGAAGAACUUCCGCAAGUUCAACGCCCGCAGGAAAUGGAAGCUCUCCUACAACAUGGUGUCGGCCUGCAACCGGCUCUGCCACCUGAAACUCUUGUGUGUCCAGAGGAAAGAGGAUGAGAAUCUGCGGGACUGCGAGAGCGACCAGGAGGACGAGGCCAGCCACCCGGUGACGCUGCUGCGCCGGCGAAGAAGCAGCUGCUCUUGAUACCCCUGCCCUCAUCACAGACUCCAGCAUGCUCCCACGGCCCCCCCCACCUUCUGCAUCCACUGGGCAGGGGCAGCUGUCGCCCAGGGAAGGGGGACCCGCGCUCAGCCCUGGCAGAUCAGACACCCCGGGCCCAGCAGGAAGGAGCAUUGACUUUGGUCGGCUGGGAGCGGGGUGGGGCUGGAAGCAGGGGUCUGCCUCUCCCCCCGCCCCCGGCCCCGCUCUGCCCUGCGGCCCAGGGAAGCAGCUGGCUGCAGGUGGAGAUGGUGCCCGGGGCACACGUGUACGGGGGACACGCUGAGGCUGGGCCAGGGGCCGCCAGGCAGUGCCCGUGGGGAGAGGCAUUGGAGGGGCGUGUGAAGCCAUCCUGCUAUUAACCCUUUCGUUGCCCUUCUGUUAUGCAAAGAGACCCCGCCCCCCGAUUGGGCCUUUCAGGGUGCAUUUUCUGCACCCCACUUAUGCUUGCCAAUGGGAACCCCCCACUAGCUCUUCUGACUGGCACUUGCGGGGUUAACUGGAACCUCCCGCCUCCCUCACUUCCAGCCCAUGUGCUCCAGCACUCUCAGGGUUAAUCCAACUAUAUAACUCCCUCCUCCCCACACCCUGCCCCGGGCCCAAUGUGUGAGGGGCUCUCUUUUUCCCCCAAUACAUCUGGGGUUAAUAGGACGACCCUCCCUCUGCCCCCCCCCCACCCAGCACUUGGGCAGAGCAGUAGGGGACGAAGGGCGGCUCUACAUGCUGCCCCGAGGUGCCAUGUGCCUUUAUCCCGGCUGCAGCCGUCCAGGGACAGCCAGAGCAGCCCUUCCCCGGCGCCCCGCAAUCCCCUGCCUGCCGCCCUACGGCGCGGGGCAGCCCCCCGGCCAUGCCCCGCCUGCCUGAUCAUUUGGAAAGAAAUAAACAUGCGAAGCAUCGGC